UGUUGCUCGGGAGUUAACAGAUUAUACGAAUCUAUGUGAAAGUAAAGUGAAACUGAGAACACGUAACACCAACACUUUCUGUUGAUAUUUUCAAAACGUGAUUGUACCUCUCUAGUGUCACAAACUGCAAGGACUAAUAUAUGUCAAGAGACCUCCUAUCGUUAUUACUGAAGACCGAGAUUUAGAGAUUGAGGUUUGAAGGUUUUGCAGCUUUUCAAAUGCUUUCAAGGUUGAUUUCAGCAAUUAAAAAUAUUGUUGUGCUACAUGUUUUCGUAUGAAGUUAAUGCACCUGUUUAUAAAUUCGAAGAUUCCAAGUUUAAGAAAAACGUCACGAUAUUCCAGGUAGUCUCGUGGCAAAUGCAAUUCAUUUUCAAGCAUCACUUUGUUAAGUAACAAGCUAAAUAUGGUUUCGAAGUAAGCUAGUGUCAUAGUGUUCCUUUAAUUCAUUUAUUCAAUUUUAAAUCUUCAUAAAAGCUCGAAAGUUUUAUCUACCGGAGAUGUUAUUAUUUGUGGAUAUUUGAUGAAAAGCAGACGUAUUAAGUUGUUGCGUAAACUCCUGUGGAAUCUUCACUGCAUGAAACAUUCUUCAGAAUUCAGUAUUCUAGACUGGAAAAGAAGAUACUUCAUUUUAUACAAAGUUCAUAGUCAAAAUAAAACUGAAAUAUUUUUUGAUUACUACAAAGAUGAAACUGUGACGAAAUUCAAAGGUCGUGUUGAUUUAGAGCAUUGUGAAUGUAUUGUUGAAAAUGUUAAUAUUGGUCAACCAUGUGCAUUUUCAAUUUCAACAUUAUUUAAUGGAAAUAAAAGAAUUUAUUAUUUUAUAGCAGCAAAUAAUAAAAUUAUGUCCGAUUGGGUACAUCAUUUAGCUCGUGUCGCUGAAUUAGUUGAUGUUUCCACUACAAAUAUCAAUUCGAAUCAAAGAACUGUCGUUGAAAACAUUAACAGCAGUCGAAGUGCUGGUGGUGUUUGUAAUGAACCGCCCUUAUUUCAGAAACCGUCCAAAAUUUCUCCAGAUAAUUAUGAUAAUGGCGUACAUUCGAAUGGUGGAGAUACAGGAACUAAAUCUCCCAAUAAUCAGCGUCAAGUAUUGAGCAAUAAUCAUGUGAACAGAGAUAAUGAUAAUGGUGAAGAUGAUUACAAAGAGGUUAUCGGUGGAGUUGAUUAUUUAUUGUCUGGUUCUGAAUUAUUAUUAGACGAUUAUCAUCAUCUUCCGAAUUCACGUCACUCCUAUGUAAAUUUAACUAAUACUGUGGUAACAGAGAAAGAAUUCAACAUUAAUUAUUCUUCAUUGCCUAGAAUAGAUAAAAUGAAACAAACCUCCGGUGAUAUUAUAUUCAAAUCAUCAAAUGACAACAUUAAUGAUCAGAAGAACAAAUAUCAUCAUGUAAACAAUCCUACUAUUUCUUCUUCCAAAAACUCAUUAAAGCGCCAAAAUUCUUCUAACAGCGUCUACUAUAAUGUCUGGGAUUCUGAAGAUGGGUCUAAAGUUACUACUACUACUACUACUACUAAUGAUACUACUUCUGUCACAACUGAUUCGAUUAUUGAUUCAGAAAUUUACUUAAAACGAAAUAAUCAAAUUACACAGAAUACAAGAAUUUAUCGUAAAAGUCAUUGUGUACCAGGAAGUAGUAGUACACUUUCACCUUCUCCACUUCUUCAUUCAUCAUUUGAUCAAAAAUCUGGUCGUCAGUGUUUACUAAUGAAAACAGAAACAGGGACAAAAAUAAGUCGUAAACCUGCACCACCGCCACGUAUGUCACCUUUGAAAUCAUCGUCUUUUACAUUGCCACCUACAUUUACAAAUUCAACUAACGUUUUAUCAGGAUUAAAUUUAGAAUCACCAUUACCAGUUCGUGCAAAAGGAUUAGAUAUGUCUGUAGAUAGUAGUUUAAAUAGUAGUAGUACUUCUAGUGAUGUGAAUAUCGCCGUCCUCAACGAUACAACUCAUGAAAAUGCUAAUGAUGGUUGCGAUAACAAUGAAUAUAAUAAUAAUAAUAUUAAUGGUGAUGAUAAUCUAGAUCGAAAUCACAAUAUGGUGGAUAGGGAGAUCAAUGAAGACAAUAAAGAGAAUAGAAUACUUUUGGUAGAUCAUCAUUGUAGCAUAAAUGCAAUUGACAAAAAUCAACCAAACUCCAAUAUUACCCUUACAAAAUCUGGAAUUUCUAUUAAUAAAAUAUCACAUUUAAACUAUAUUGAACCAUAUAAUUUGGAUUUACGCACUUUUCAAUGUUCAAAAGAACAUGGCAAUAGUAGUGUUGAUGGUAGUGGUAGUAGUAAUUUGUCGUCAUCUCGAACAAAUACACUGACAACAACAUCAGUAUUAAAAACUGGGUCAGCUUCGCCUAUCUUAACAACAACAACAAUAAUAAAUUCUGAUAUUUCAUCUAAUGUUACAGGUUCAUUGAAUAUGUCUAAUACUGUUUGUUCGAAUUCAUUUGAUAAGCAGUUAUCAACAAAUGGCGGUUUACAACAAACAAUAACUAUGUCUUUGACACAUCCUCAUUCUUUGUCUUCUUCUUCUACUACUACUACUACUAUUACCACUUCUACUAACAUCAAUCCUCUACUAUCUCCUUCUCAAUCGGAUUCAUCUGUAUUCUUAAACUCAAAUAAAACUUUAAUAUCAUGUAAUGGUACUAGUAAUAAUGUUGCUACUACUAAUAGUACUAUUAAUCAACUAGAUGAUGAACAUAUUGAAUAUCGUGAAAUUGAUCCGAUUGGUACAAAUGCUUUAGCUAUUGUCAAAGAACGAUUUGGCUAAUCUAUACACACAUAUAUCCUUCUUCGUUGAAUAUCUUCAUAACAAGAUGGAAACUGUACUAUUGAAUGAUUAUAAUUAUUUAAUAUAUAUCUUAAAAGAUUUCAAUAUCUGGUACUAUGUGCUCCAUUCGUGAAGAAGACAAAUGAUGAAGAUAUAUAUAUGUACUAUGUAUACUAUAUAUAUAUAUACUAAGAAUAAACUUCUACUGGGAUCGACUACCAUAUAUAUAUAUACACACACAUGCAGACAUACCGUAACAAUACCAAUAUCCCUAUAUAGAUUCUUCAUUUUGUAUUUUGACUUACUUUUUUUUAUAUCAAUUUAUUCAAUUAGAUUUUAGUGUAAAUUUAUAAUGAGUGUGUGUGUGUGUAUGUGUAUAUGGGUAUCUUCUUUGAUGAUAUAUCCUUCCUCUUUUAAGAAUCUUGUUUCCCGCAUUUUCUGGCUUUGUAUUCUUUUUUAUAUUUUUAAAGGGGGGGAUACGAUCUCAUAUAUACACUGCACACACACACACACAUGCUCGAACCCUUUUUAAAUGGUUAAUUUUUUUAUUUAUUGGCUUUAGAAUUUUUUUUUCUUGAUUCAUCAGAAAUUUUUAUUGUUAUGUAACAUUCCAUUGAAACUGAUAAUUUACUGGACAAAAAUCUACAUUUUUUAAAAUCAUUUCUAUUGUUUAAGCUUUGUCAGUAUUAAAAUGUAAAUGAAUCACUCAACAAUCUAAAAGAAAUUCUGAUCUUAUGUG